AGAGACAUUCAUGCAGGGUAUUAGGAGCAACCAAGCCUCCCUCCAGGAAUGGCACUUCUGAUAGUUCUCCCAGCACACAGCUCUUGAAAGCUACCAGCCUCGUGAAAAGAGAACAGACACAGAGAGAACAGAGAGGCUAGUGGGACACAAAUUACAGCUAACUCAGGAUUUGCCCGAGAGACCGGCUGAUUUCAAGCUUGAAGACUUGAUUUUUGAGGGGUAAAAUCAAGAGGAAACAAUGACAGAUGAUCAAGACCUUUCUGAAGUAGAAAUGAGUCCUGUUGGUUCUGAAGACCAUCACUGCCUUUCACCAGGACCUUCCAUGGCAUCAGACACCAACUCUCAUCUUACCAACUCUGGCAGUGGUGAGAUGGGGAAAGUGAAGAAGGAACAACAAGACACAGAGGCAGAUGAUGAUAAGUUUCCAGUGUGCAUCCGGGAGGCAGUGAGCCAGGUACUGAGUGGUUAUGAUUGGACCCUAGUGCCCAUGCCUGUGCGUGUCAAUGGAAGCAGCAAGAGCAAGCCCCAUGUCAAGCGGCCUAUGAAUGCCUUCAUGGUGUGGGCUCAAGCAGCCCGGAGGAAGCUGGCUGAUCAGUAUCCUCACCUUCACAAUGCAGAACUUAGUAAGACGCUUGGGAAGCUCUGGAGAUUAUUGAAUGAAAGUGACAAACGGCCUUUCAUUGAAGAAGCAGAGCGGCUACGGAUGCAGCACAAGAAGGACCACCCUGAUUAUAAGUACCAACCACGGCGUCGGAAAAACGGCAAGGCUGCCCAGGGAGAAAAUGAUGGCCAGGCUGAUGGGGAAGCUGGUGGAGCUGCAGCUAUUCAAGCCCACUAUAAGAAUGCCCAUUUGGACCAUAGGCAUCCUGGAGAAGGAUCUCCCUUGUCUGAUGGGCACCCUGAACAUUCUUCAGGUCAGAGCCAUGGACCUCCCACUCCACCAACUACACCGAAGACGGAGCUCCAGACGGGUAAGGCUGACUCCAAACGGGAUGGGCGUUCCCUUGGGGAAGGAGGAAAGCCUCACAUCGACUUUGGCAAUGUGGAUAUCGGGGAGAUCAGCCACGAAGUGAUGUCCAAUAUGGAGCCCUUUGAUGUCAACGAGUUUGAUCAAUAUCUUCCACCAAAUGGACACGCUGCUCACCCAGGCCAUGUGGGGGGUUAUGCCACAGCUGCUGGUUAUGGCCUUGGUAGUGCCCUGGCUGCAGCCAGUGGACACUCUGCCUGGAUCUCCAAGCAGCAUGGAGUCUCUUUGUCUGCUGCCACAUCCUCAGUGGUAGAUUCGAAGACACAAGUAAAAACAGAGGGCUCUACUCCAGGGGGUCAUUAUACUGACCAACCCUCCACUUCCCAGUUAGCUUACACAUCACUCGGUCUGCCCCAUUAUGGCUCAGCUUUUCCCUCUAUAUCCAGGCCCCAGUUUGAUUAUCCUGAUCACCAACCUUCAGGACCCUACUACAGCCACUCUAGUCAGGCUUCUGGUCUCUACUCAGCCUUCUCAUAUAUGGGGCCCUCUCAGCGUCCUCUGUACACUGCCAUCUCUGACCCAGCCCCUUCAGUGCCACAGUCCCACAGUCCCACACACUGGGAACAGCCUGUGUAUACAACCCUCUCAAGACCCUAGGGAAUGGGGAGCAGUGACCAAAGCAGCAGCGGAAAGGCUCCAAAGAAUCAGCCCCAGAAGAUGAGCCUCCAAGUUCCAAGGUCUUUUGGUGUCAUCCAUUCGCCAGAAUCCACAGAAUAUCCGGGGAUGUCUAUCAUGACCACAGUUAUCGAUGGCUCACCUGGCUGGAGGAAGGUUCCCAACCACCCCCCCUACUCCCAGUCCCUGAGUGGCUUUCAAGAUCCCAUAGGCCUUCUAAAGGAGGGUGAUUCUAGGCAUGGAGCAACAAGUCAUGGUUGGUUUUUGUAAGGCAGAUUGAGAGUUUAAAGUAAUUACAAGAAGAAUAAAAUUGAGAGAUAAUUCUCCCUUCUCUU